CCCUCUCCUCCUCCAACCCGACGCAAAAAAAGGAAAGCGAAAAUAAAGGGAGAGGGAUAGAGAAAAGCGUGGGCGACGGGUACAAGUGGGGCUCUCUCGUCUCCCUUCUCUGCGGUUUCCCCAUAUCACCCUCCCCGCCUCUCCCCCACAGCCAGAGACCAGAGACCCGUUCCGUCCCGUCCCGUCCCGUUCCCUUCCUCUUCCGGCGACCCCCUCCCUCGCCGGCAACCCCCGCGGUGGGCCCCCCAUUGCUGGCCCUCAAUUGCGCCAGUACCCCCGCCUCCACCUCCAGCCCCCGCUCCCGCGUACCUCGCGCGGGAAAAUAACCGACGGGAGGAAGGAAAGAGGGCCGCGCCGCGCCUGCCGGCUUCGGUUGGGCCGGGAGGGACCCCCGCCGCCGCCCGCUCGUCCGGAGGGGAAUGCGGGACCCGUGCCGCCGGGGAAUUCUCUAGACGGGCCUCCGCAACCGCGCCGCGCCCCGCCGGAGUCAUGGUGGAGGGACGGAACUGUCUCCCUGCAGAGGUCAGGAAUGGGCUCGAGACUCUGAAGAAGAGGAGACUUGAGAGGAUGCGUUUGAGUGCUCAGAUAGACGCCGGUGACAAUCCUGCCAUGGCUGCGAGGAGCGGCGGGGAUUCACUGCGGACUCCUGCAAACUGUGGGGUGAGAUUGCAUGCCAACAACGUUGCUGCGGGUUUACCUAGCACUAGCAGUGCCCAGAACAAUAAUCCAUUCGCAAAGCGCAAGGUGGACAAGUUCAAUAUGUCUAACCUAGAGUGGAUAGACAACAUACCAGAGUGCCCUGUGUAUUGUCCCACCAAGGAGGAAUUCGAGGAUCCCAUUGCGUAUAUACAGAAAAUUUCCCCAGUGGCUUCAAAAUAUGGCAUUUGCAAAAUUGUGGCUCCUGUAAGCGCUUCUGUGCCUGCUGGUGUCGUGCUGAUGAAGGAACAACCUGGUUUUAAGUUCAUGACUAGAGUUCAGCCGCUUCGUCUUGCUGAAUGGGCUGAAGACGACACGGUCACUUUUUUUAUGAGUGGACGAAAGUACACUUUCAGAGACUACGAGAGAAUGGCCAACAAAGUGUUCUCUAAGAAGUAUUCCAGUGCUAGUUGUCUCCCUGCUAGGUACGUGGAGGAGGAAUUCUGGCGUGAAAUCUCUUCUGGAAAGAUGGAUUUUGUUGAAUAUGCUUGUGAUGUUGAUGGGAGUGCCUUCUCUUCUUCUCCUCACGAUCAGCUUGGGAAAAGCAACUGGAACCUCAAGAAUUUUUCACGGCUCCCCAGUUCUGUGCUGAGACUUCUGCAGACGCCAAUUCCAGUAUGUAACCUAUUCCUUGCUUAUUUAUGUUUUAAUACAUUCUUAAUAUGGAUUCGUUGUGAUUGUAAUUACUCUGAUCCAAAACAGGGAGUGACAGAUCCAAUGCUGUAUAUCGGUAUGCUCUUUAGCAUGUUUGCAUGGCAUGUCGAAGAUCACUAUUUGUACAGCAUAAAUUAUCAUCAUUGUGGGGCAUUUAAGACAUGGUAUGGGAUACCAGGCGAUGCUGCUCCUGGUUUUGAAAAGGUGGCAAGCCAGUAUGUGUACAACAAGGAUAUUUUGACUGGUGAUGGAGAGGAUGCGGCUUUUGAUGUUCUGUUAGGGAAGACAACAAUGUUCCCCCCAAAUAUCUUGUUAGACCACAAUGUUCCUGUUUAUAAAGCUGUGCAGAAGCCUGGAGAGUUUGUUAUAACAUUCCCUCGUUCAUACCAUUCAGGUUUCAGCCACGGUUUCAAUUGUGGAGAGGCUGUCAAUUUUGCUAUUGGCGACUGGUUUCCUCUGGGCUCUCUGGCUAGCAAACGCUAUGCACUUCUGAACAGAACACCCUUUCUUGCACACGAGGAGCUACUUUGUCGUUCUGCAAUGCUUCUGUCUCACAAACUGAGUGAUCCAGAAACAAUUAAUUCUGAACAUCCAUACACUCAAUAUUGUGUGAAGUCUUCCUUUGUGAGGUUGAUGCGACUGCAGCGGCGCACACGCAGCUUACUCGCUAAAAUGGGUUCUCAGAUAUACUACAAGCCAAAAAUGUAUUCGAACCUAUCCUGUAGCAUGUGCCGGCGUGAUUGCUAUGUUACACAUGUGUCAUGCGGAUGCACCUUUGAUCCUAUCUGCCUUCAUCAUGAACAAGAACUGCGGAGCUGCUCUUGUAAAUCUGACCGGAUUGUCUACGUCAGAGAGGACAUACUGGAGUUAGAGGCUCUAUAUAGAAAAUUCGAGCAGGAUAUUCGCCUGGAUAAGGAAACAAGUGCUAAUGUCUCGUAUAAGCAAGCUGCGAUUUCUGAUAUUGGUGUCUAUCAUGGUCCAUCAGUUGGGACUAACCAGGACAUAAGCAACAGUGAAGCAAACUUGCUAGAAGCAAAUGCUGCUGACGGUGGAAAGAGCUCUCCUGCAACUUCAACGUUGACAUCUUUUGCACAUCGUGAUGGGUCUCUGCCUGCAGAACCAAAGGUCCAUGCAGCUCGAACCGACCAAAUUUGGUCAAUUACUAAGCUGUCCGUAAAAACAUCGUCAGUGGAUGGAAAUGGUGGCAAUUCAUCCUGCAUGGCUGAUGUUUGCAAUGAAAUUAGUUCCUGCAAUGCUUCACCCAUGGAAUAUAGUGGCAAUUCUGAUUCUGAUUCUGAAAUCUUCCGAGUCAAGCGCAGAUCCAGCAUAUUAGGAAGACCUGCUCCUGACACAGAGACAACAAACUUCUCUGAACAGAAGGUUCUGAAGCGGCUGAAGAAGGCAUCCCCAGAAACACAACAUGACAAUAAGCGACCUGAAGAAUACUCUGCGCGUACUUCAGUUCCCUCAGUUAGUAUGAGGCACAAUAAGUCAAAUUCUGCCUCUUCUGAGGAAGAUAGAGAGGACAUGGUUCCCAUUGCCUGGAGGAUGAAGCUGCGGCAGCUGGAAGCUCAACAAGGCGACGCCAGUUAUGCCGCGCAGCAGUCCAAGGUGUAUCCAUCUACCAGCAGCUGUUCCCAGCAGCAGUCGAAGGUGUAUCCAUCUGCCAGCAGCUGUUCCCAGCAGCAGUUCGCGGAGGCAACUAAAGACGCAGCCUCCUCAGAGGUCCGGCCAAAGCGGGUGAAGAUCCGGUUGCCUCGUAGCGCCAACAGGCUGGUCGAGCAGCAGCAGCAGCAGCAGCAGGGCAGUUCAGGCCAGAGAUUUGCAGUGGAUGACAAGCCACCUGGGUUUUGGCAUACGAUUUAGGGUAGCCGACUCUCAGGUGCUAACAACCUCGACAGAUAGGACUCAAUUCUCUUGCAUUUUGGUUAGCACAGAUGCUGACUGACUGUGUUUAGAAAGGAGAGGAGGAUAGGGCUGAUUGCUUGGUUAAUCCAUUCUUUGUGCAGCAGGGCCUCCAAUUUGAGGCCGGCCUAGGUAGGCACACGGUUAUUAGAAGACAAGACGAUUGUUCAUCACGUUGUUUAGAGGCUUCCUCUGAGUCACCGCUUGCUGGCUGCUCUUUGAUGCCUGUAUUGCCUGUGACGGAACUGGGCCUCUCCAUUCUGCAAGUGUUUUCUUUUGCUUA